AUGCGUGUUGUGAGUACCAUCCUGCUGGCAGUUUCAGCCUCUGUUCUUGCCAUCACGAGUGGAGAGUCGACGAACGAUCUCGCCGAGGCCGCUUCCAUCAGACUUCCACAGCAGGGUGUUGCUUAUGUCAAAAGCCUGCGACAUCUUAAAAAGCAUGACGACGAACUGGCGAUUGAAGAGAGGGGCAUUCGGACCUGGAUCAUGGCUUUUCUUAGAAACCAGGAUGAUAUGGAUGCAAAGGCAGCAGAGAUGAUCAAGGGCAAAACCCUUGAGGAAGCGGAGAAAAUUUUCGACGAUCUUGCGGACAGCAUCGUGCCCCUUUUCAAAGAUAUGAAGCACAAGGGAAUCACUCCAGAAACGUUGCAAGGUCAUGUCAAGUUUCGAAAACUAACGAAAACGAAAAAAAGUAUCUACCGAAGCUCUAUAAGAAGUAUUGGGAGAUCUUCCCGCGAGCUUAAAAUUAGAUGA